GUCUUUUUGUUCAGAUGUAAACAUUUUAUUCUAAACAAAGCAAGUAACAAUAUCUGUGGCCGUAAUCACUGACUCAACAAUUAAAAAUUUAGUUUCAUAUUCAAUGAAAUAGUUGACACUAUAAUUAAGAAAAAAUAUUGAUUUAUCUAUUUUAUAAUAAAUCUAGUAACCCUCUAAAUAAUUUUAUUUUAAGGAGUAAAUAAAUUGAAAAAAUAAAUGGAGGAUCUAACACCCUUGACAAAUCUUCAACAGGUUUAACUAAAAAAUAAACAAAGUUGAAUUGCAGAUUACUUCUUUUUAUUAUUGGAUUUUUUAUUUGGAUUUUUUCUUUUUGAACAUCACUUAAGAAAAAAAUGACUGAAAGGCAGCCUUUGUUACAAUCCGAUCGACUGGACAUUGAAACCCGUUCUAUACCACGACCCGAUCUACGAAACUCCCCAGACAAUAUGUUGGUCAGCAUUCAAAGUGAAGAAUGUUUUGAAGAAACUACUGAAAAUGACAAUAAGAACGAUUACAAUCCUUCUAUGCAUCGUACCUUGGAUCAUCCCACAUCUAAUUUAGAUACAAUGAUACAUUUAUUGAAAGGUAAUAUUGGCACGGGUAUAUUAGCUAUGCCAGAUGCCUUUAAAAAUGCCGGUUUAUAUAUGGGCUUAUUUGGAACUUUAAUAAUGGGAGCAAUAUGCACUCAUUGCAUGCACAUGUUAGUACGAUGUUCUCAUGAAUUAUGCCGACGUUUACAGCAUCCCUCCUUAAAUUUUUCUGAAGUUGGUUAUUGGUCGUUUGAAACUGGACCGGUUUCUUUAAGACGUUAUGGAAAUGUAGCAAGGAAAAUUAUUACAACAUUCCUGUUUAUAACUCAAAUGGGAUUUUGCUGCGUUUACUUUCUUUUCGUUGCUUUAAAUGUGAAAGAAGUCGUAGAUCAUUAUUUCAUUAAAUUGGAUGUACACGUUUAUUUAAUGUUAAUGCUUAUACCAAUGAUCGUCUUAAAUUUGGUGAAAAAUCUAAAAUACCUGACUCCAGUUUCUUUAUUUGCCGCAAUAUUAACAGUGGCAGGCUUGGCUAUAUCCUUUUUCUACAUGCUACAAGAUUUACCGCACACGAGCACGGUAAAACCAAUAGCAUCUUGGUCGACACUACCCUUGUAUUUCGGAACAGCUAUUUAUGCUUUUGAGGGUAUUGGUGUUGUACUUCCAUUAGAGAAUAAUAUGAAGACACCUGAAGAUUUUGGAGGAACUACCGGAGUUCUUAAUACUGGAAUGGUGAUCGUAGCUUGCUUAUAUACAUCAGUAGGAUUCUUUGGAUACCUUAAGUACGGCGACGACGUAAAAGGAAGUAUAACAUUAAAUUUGCCACAGGAUGACAUAUUAUCGCAGUUGGUUCGAAUAGCUAUGGCUGUUGCAAUUUUUCUGUCAUAUUCAUUGCAAUUUUAUGUGCCUGUAAACAUUGUAGAACCAUAUGUGGAGAGGCAAUUUGAAACAGUCCGAGGAAAAGAAUUAGCAGCAACUACUUUGCGUAUAGUUUUGGUCACAUUUACAUUUAUUUUGGCUGCUUGUAUACCAAACUUGGGCCCAAUUAUUUCGCUUGUAGGCGCAAUAAGUAGUUCAGCAUUAGCUCUUAUUGCUCCGCCAAUUAUUGAAAUUAUCACAUUUUGGCCUGUAGGCUUCGGUCGCUAUAAUUGGAUUAUGUGGAAGGAUAUUGGAAUUCUUAUUUUUGGGCUGUGUGGUUUUGUUUUCGGUACAUAUGCAAGUAUAGCACAAAUUUUAAAUCCAAGUAUAGUUUAAUAUGUCUCAUGUUUAAAAAAUUUUAUGAAAAACAAACUUAAAAUAAUCACGAAUUUCAGUGUUCUAUUUAAAAUAUUCUUAUUUAUAUUUUUAAAGUGGUGCAUUUAAGUUAGAUAAUCUAUUUAGUAUUUUUAGCAGAUGUUUUUUAUAAUAAGAUUACCAAAAACUAAAAUAAAUAAAAUCUCGCAUUCUGUAGAGUAUAUUUUAA